ACGUCUGAGAGUUAAUAGAAUCGACUUUUCGAACUGAUUAUUCGCGGUUUUUCUUUUUCUUCGCAUCGCCUGUUUUGCGAUUACGUGACCUACCCCCGUCUUAUCUCUCGAACAACGCAUCUCCGUAACAACCGCCAUCAUGACGAACGUCUUUUUCCCUUACUCCAAGGCGCCUUUGCGCACCAUCAAGGAGAUCCAGUUUGGUCUCUUUGCUCCGGAGGAACUCAAACGGAUGAGUGUGGUACAUGUGGAAUACCCGGAGACGAUGGAUGAACAAAGACAGCGACCGCGGACAAAGGGUCUGAAUGACCCUCGCUUGGGAACAAUCGAUCGGCAAUGGAACUGCGAGACUUGUGAGGAAGGCCAAAAAGAAUGUCCCGGACAUUUCGGGCAUAUCGAACUUGCCACUCCAGUCUUCCAUAUCGGUUUUUUGACUAAAAUCAAGAAGCUACUCGAGACGGUCUGCCACAACUGUGGAAAGAUCAAAGCCAAUACGUCCGACCCCAAAUUUCUAGAAGCCCUUCGCAUGAGAGACCCGAAGCGACGAUUCGAUAACAUCUGGCGCCUGUCCAAGGAUGUUUUGAUUUGCCAGGCCGACCAACAAAACGACGACGAUGACCCGUUUUCGAAGGAGAACUCCAAGCCUACGAGAAACCACGGCGGAUGUGGAAAUGCCCAGCCCCAGAUUCGAAAGGAAGGCAUUACUUUGGUUGGAACAUGGAAACCUAACAAGAGCAUGAUGGACGACGAUAUGGAUAUGGCACAGCCGGAAAAGAAGACCAUCACCCCCUCAGUGGCACUGAAUGUCUUCCGCACCAUUUCUCAAGAGGAUGUCCGCAUCAUGGGGCUGAGCAACGAUUAUGCUCGUCCGGAGUGGAUGAUUGUUACCGUCUUGCCGGUCCCGCCCCCCCCUGUCCGCCCUAGUGUGCUUGUGGGUGGUAGUACGAGUGGCCAGCGUGGUGAGGAUGAUUUGACUUACAAACUGGCUGAAAUCGUGCGUGCAAAUCAAAAUGUCCAGCGCUGUGAGCAGGAAGGCGCCCCGGAGCACGUGGUGCGUGAAUUCGAGUCGCUACUGCAGUACCAUGUCGCCACUUACAUGGACAACGAUAUUGCUGGUCAACCGAAGGCCAUGCAGAAAUCGAACCGACCGGUCAAAGCUAUUCGCAGUCGUUUGAAGGGUAAGGAAGGUCGUCUGAGACAGAACUUGAUGGGUAAACGUGUGGAUUUCUCGGCGCGUACAGUUAUUACUGGUGACCCCAAUUUGUCUCUGGACGAGGUCGGUGUUCCCAAGAGCAUUGCGAGAACCCUGACGUAUCCUGAAGUCGUCACUCCUUACAACAUCGAGAAGUUGCAAAAUCUGGUGAUGAAUGGUCCUAACGAGCACCCGGGAGCGAGAUACAUCGUCCGCGACAACGGCGAGCGCAUUGAUUUGCGUCACGCCAAAAGGGCCGGGGGUCAGCAACUGCUCUACGGCUGGAAAGUUGAACGUCACGUCAUGGACGGUGACGUGAUUCUUUUCAAUCGACAGCCUUCCCUGCACAAGGAAUCUAUGAUGGGUCAUCGCGUCCGUGUCAUGCCGUACUCGACGUUCCGACUUAACUUGUCCGUCACAACUCCUUACAACGCUGAUUUCGAUGGUGAUGAAAUGAACUUGCACGUUCCCCAGAGCGAGGAGUCCCGAGCAGAACUCAGCGAGCUUGCGCUGGUUCCAUGCAACAUCGUGUCACCUCAGCGAAACGGACCGCUGAUGGGUAUUGUGCAGGACACUCUUUGCGGUAUCUAUAAGGUUUGCCGUCGUGAUGCAUUUUUGACGAAGGACCAAGUGAUGAACAUUAUGAUGUGGGUGCCUGACUGGGAUGGCGUUAUUCCGCCCCCGGCAAUUUUGAAGCCCAGGCCCAGAUGGACUGGCAAGCAAAUGAUCAGCAUGGCUCUUCCUCCGGGUCUCAACCUUCUGCGUGUUGAUAAGGACAGCUCGCCCCUUUCGGAGAAGUUUUCUCCCCUGAAUGAUGGUGGUCUCCUGAUCCAUGGUGGGCAGUUGAUGUACGGAAUGUUUUCCAAGAAGACUGUUGGAGCCAGCGGUGGUGGUGUCAUCCACACCAUCUUCAAUGAGUAUGGACCAAAGACUGCUGUGGCCUUCUUCAACGGAGCUCAGACCAUCGUCAACUACUGGUUGUUGCACAACGGUUUCAGUAUCGGUAUUGGUGACACUAUUCCGGAUGCCCUCACAAUCCAGAGAAUCGAAAACUGUGUGCGUGCCCGGAAGCAAGAGGUCGAGUCGAUCACUGCAAGUGCCACCGACAAUACUCUUGAAGCGUUGCCCGGUAUGAACGUGCGAGAAACUUUCGAAAGUAAGGUCUCGCGUGCUCUCAACAACGCCCGUGAUGAAGCCGGUAGCGAAACAGAGAAGAGUUUGAAGGAUUUGAACAAUGCCAUCCAAAUGGCUCGGUCCGGAUCAAAGGGUUCAACCAUCAACAUUUCUCAGAUGACUGCUGUUGUGGGUCAACAGUCCGUGGAAGGUAAACGUAUUCCUUUCGGAUUCAAGUACCGUACGCUGCCCCAUUUCACGAAGGACGACUACUCUCCCGAAUCUCGCGGCUUCGUGGAAAACUCGUAUUUGCGAGGUCUCACCCCGACCGAAUUCUUCUUCCACGCCAUGGCUGGUCGUGAGGGUCUUAUCGAUACUGCUGUCAAAACGGCCGAAACGGGUUAUAUCCAGCGAAAACUGGUUAAAGCCCUGGAAGAGGUUAUGGUCAAAUACGAUGGCACUGUUCGAAACAGUCUUGGGGAUAUUAUCCAAUUUGUGUACGGAGAAGAUGGGUUGGAUGGAGCUCAUAUCGAGAACCAGCGAGUCGAUAUCAUCAAGUGCUCCGAUGACAAGUUCAGAGAUCGUUUCCGUAUUGAUCUCAUGGACCCUGAGCGCAGCCUUGGUCCUGACGUCUUGGAGCAGGCCAAUGAGAUUGCAGGUGAUGUGGAGGUCCAAAGAUAUUUGGAUGAGGAGUGGGAGGCUCUUCUGAAGGACCGGGCCUUCCUCCGGACUGUGGCGAAGGAGGACGAGGAAAUGAUGCAGCUUCCGAUCAACGUGCAGCGUAUUCUCGAGACCGCCAGGACUACCUUCAGAAUCCGUGAGGGAACGAUCAGCGACCUGCACCCAGCGGACGUCAUUCCCCAGGUGCAGUCUUUGCUCGAUCGAUUGCUGAUUGUGCGGGGAGACGAUGACAUCUCCCGGGAGGCCCAGACGAACGCCACGUUGUUGUUCAAGGCGCAGCUCCGCAGCCGUCUUGCGUUCCGCAGACUGGUAACCGAGUACUCCUUGAAUAAGCUCGCGUUCCAGCAUGUUAUCGGUGCUAUUGAGAGUCGAUUUGCUAGAGCUGCUGCCAACCCCGGUGAAAUGGUUGGUGUUUUGGCUGCCCAAUCGAUUGGUGAACCCGCUACUCAGAUGACGCUUAACACCUUCCACUUUGCUGGUGUGUCGUCCAAGAACGUCACGCUUGGCGUUCCCCGUCUGAAGGAGAUUCUGAACGUUGCCACCAACAUCAAGACGCCGUCUAUGACUGUGUAUCAAGAAGCCCAGAGAACAUAUGACAAGGAGGGUGCUAAGCAGCUACGAAGUGCUGUUGAACACACUAGCCUGCGGUCUGUGACGGAAGCUACGGAGAUUUACUAUGAUCCGGACAUCCAAACUACCGUUAUUGAAAAUGAUAGGGAUAUGGUGGAGUCUUACUUCAUUAUCCCCGAGGAUGUUACGGACGAUUCCUCCCGUCAGUCCAAAUGGCUGCUCCGUAUCAUUCUGAGCCGACCCUCGCUGCUUGACAAGGGUCUUACGGUGCAGGAUGUUGCCGCUAGGAUUAAGCAAGCGUACCCCAAGGAUAUCGCCGUUAUCUUCAGUGACAACAACGCCGAUGAGCAAGUCAUUCGAAUUCGGCAGAUCCAAGACAGCAAGGAAGAGGAAGAUGACGAGGACAUUGAAUACGACGUUACGCUGAAGAAACUGGAGCAACAUCUCUUGGAUACCCUCACUCUUCGCGGUGUUAAUGGAGUCGAGCGGGCGUUCAUCAACGAAAAGAGCAAGAUCCGUGUUCUCGAGGAUGGCUCGCUGUUUGGCAGCAAGACCGACCCACUCUGCAAAGAAUGGGUUCUCGAAACCAGCGGAUCUUCUCUCGGCGAGGUUUUGGCCAUUCCCGGCGUCGACGCUACGCGCACGUACUCCAACCAGUUUAUUGAGGUGUUCGAGGUCUUCGGUAUCGAAGCUGCUCGUACUGCCGUUCUUCGCGAGUUGACGCAGGUGCUUGCCUUCGACGGUUCGUACGUCAACCACCGUCACUUGGCGUUGCUUGUCGAUGUCAUGACCGUUCGAGGAUAUCUGACCCCUGUUACUCGUCACGGUAUCAACCGUGCUGACAAUGGUGCACUCAUGCGUUGCUCUUUCGAAGAGACCGUGGAAAUUCUGUUGGAAGCCGCCGCUUUCGGUGAACUCGAUGACUGCCGUGGUGUGUCCGAGAACUUGAUUUUGGGACAAAUGGCACCUGCGGGUACCGGAGAGUUCGACAUCUACCUUGACCAGAACUUGCUUAACACCGUUGUAUCGAACAAUGCCCGCUUUGGUGUUAUGGGUGCCAUCGGUGCUAAGGAUGCGAUCAUCUCCGACGGUGCUGCAACUCAGUAUGACACUGGCUCACCCAUGCAAGAGAACGCCUACAUUGGCACACCUGAUCCGGAAUCGAACUUCUCUCCCAUCCGGCAAGCGGGUGCAGAGACUCCUGGCGGCUUCACUGAGUACCAGCCUAGCGGUGGUUUCGGUGGGUUCAGCCCUGCGCCCACGAGUCCAGCUGGCUAUUCCCCCAGCAGUCCGUUCAGUGCAAACCCGACAUCCCCUGGCUAUUCGCCUACUUCAAGCUACUCUCCCACGUCGCCUGGCAUGGGCAUCACCAGCCCUCGCUUCAUGACGUCCCCGGGAUUUUCUCCGGCCAGUCCGUCGUUUGCACCAACGUCGCCUGCCUACUCGCCUACGUCCCCUGCGUAUGGCCAGGCGUCGCCAACCUCACCGUCGUACUCUCCAACUUCGCCAGGCUUCUCGCCUACGUCGCCGAACUACAGUCCGACGUCGCCAAACUUCAGUCCCGCCUCGCCUGCAUUUAGCCCGACGUCACCGAGCUAUAGCCCUACCAGCCCUGCCAUCGGUGGCGCCGGCCGACAUCUAUCACCUACCUCCCCUACGUCUCCCAAAUACACACCCACUUCGCCUGGAUGGUCUCCCACGAGUCCCCAGACGUAUUCUCCUACCUCCCCCAACUUUGCCGGCUCGCCGACUUCUCCUGGAGGAGCUUCUCCUGGUUACAGUCCGACGUCGCCGAGUUUCAGCCCCUCGUCGCCCCGUCAGUGAGCUGAGGAUCUCGACAGCUAGCUGGCUUCUUUCUGUAUCAAUGUACUAUCACCUGCAUAUCAGGACACCCCCUAAAACUACGAAAACAAAAAAAGACAGCACAUUUUGCAUCUUAUGCGCGGAAUUGGUUGGUUAUUUCUU